ACACUUUGAACAUUCAUCUUCAUCGUUAGGCGUUCAAAAGGUUCAAUAUGCCCCGACUCAGAGUAGCAACUCUCAAUAAAUAUCUACUCCAUGGCCAAUUCUCUACACGAGGUUGCCUAAGAUCACAAGUCUCGCUUAGGUCUGCAAUUACUCAAAAUCCUCCUCCCCCAAUAACUCAUUGGGCUUUUCAAUCUCGAACUUUACAGACUGAGUCGAUUUCUGCUCAGACCAAUGAUGCCCCCUCUACACCUCAUGUCCCACUAAGGAAGCAAUUGAAAGAGGAGGCAAAAAAGCAAAAGUCCCUUAAGAAAAAGAAAAAGAAGAAUGUCAAUAACCAAGUGGUCGACGGUUGGGAGCUUACUGUAGGAAUCGAGAUUCAUGCCCAACUAAACACCGCAAGGAAGCUCUUUUCACCUGCCGCUACCUCUUUUAACGAUGACCCAAACUCCCACGUGGCUUAUUUUGACUUGGCUACCCCUGGUAGUCAGCCUCUUUUUCAAAAAGAGACUCUUAUCCCAGCUUUGAGGGCUGCUCUAGCUUUCAAUUGUGACAUACAAAAUGUUAGCAGAUUCGACAGGAAACACUAUUUCCAUUGGGAUCAGCCGUCUGGAUAUCAGAUUACUCAGUAUUAUGAACCGUUCGCGCGUGAUGGAAGAAUUGUGUUACAAGCUAGGGACGGAAUUGCGGCGGAGGACGGCGAUGGCGUGUCAAUCGGGAUCAAGCAAAUCCAAAUGGAGCAAGAUACGGCCAAGACGCUUGCCCAACCCGGCGAUGUGCACUGGGUUGACUUCAACCGUGUUGGAGUCCCUUUAAUCGAGAUCAUAACUCUACCUGAUAUCCAUCACCCAGCUACCGCUGCUGCUUUAGUUAGGAAAAUCCAAAUGCUCUUGAGCGCUACCGAUGCGUGCGUCUCGGGUAUGGAAGCUGGUGGUCUGCGCGCCGACGUCAACGUUUCCGUCCGAAGAACCGGGGAUCCUUCUACGCCCCUAGGCCAACGAACUGAAAUCAAGAAUUUGAGCAGCUUUAAGGCUGUGGAAGAUGCCAUCAUAGCUGAGCGGGAUAGGCAGAUUUCUGUUCUCGAGUCUGGUGGAAAGAUAGAAAGUGAGACGCGAGGGUGGUCGAUCGGGUCAACCGAGACACGCCGAUUACGAGGCAAAGAAGGUGAGGUUGACUAUAGAUACAUGCCAGACCCGGACCUUAGCCCGGUCAUUAUUGGUAACGACCUUAUCAGUCAUCUCCGCAACAGCAUGGGCGAGCUUCCUGAUACAGAGGUUGACGAGCUCAUUGAACGUUUCAGACUUACCCCGAAAGAUGCAUUGUCUCUGGUAGCGCUCGAUGGCGGUAAGCGUGUCGAGUACUUUUGGACGGUCUCUGACCUUCUCGCUCUACGAUUUGGCUCAAACCCAAACUCGCCAGAACGCCUGCCAGUGUAUCGACUUGCUGCAAAUUGGAUUUUACACGAGCUAGGUCGUCUGACAUCAGAACGUAGCGAGGAUGCCGCGCAAGACUUGGGCUUCACAGAGGACGGUCAGUCCCAUCGUGUGCCUGCUCAACAUAUUGCCGACAUUAUAUUCUUUCUCUCCCAACGCAGAAUCACUGCAAAAAUUGCCAAAGAAUUAUUAUGGGCUGUCUUUCGCCAAAAGAUACCAGAUGAAUAUGCUACAAUAGAGGCAGUGCUUGACGAAGAAAAGCUGUGGUUUAAUGGGCUUACCGAGGAAGAAUAUGUCGAGCUCGCAUGCUCCGCAGCAGAGGGGCAGGAUGAGGUGUUGAAGCAAUUCGUAGGGUACAAAAAUUAUCCUCAAGGGAAACUGAUGUUCUUAGUCGGUCGAAUGAUCCGACUCGGAGCUGAGGAGAGGAUUAAUCCCAGAGAGGCUGAGAAGGUGAUGAAGCGCGUACUGGAAGAAAAGCUGAUUCCGGCUAUCAGCAAUUGAGCCUAGUCUCGAAUGUUACUAUUGGUCAAUUAGUCUAUAUCCUACUAUUUACCUACUUACUUAGUAUCUACCAUGUAAUGAGAUAUCUAUAAGAGUCAACGUCGCAAUGAGUCACGCAAUCCCAGCGGCCCGA